AUGGACGAGGCUCAUCACCAGACCACAGUGGAGUCCACUAUCCUUGGGAGCCCCCUCACCCUCCGUCUCACUAUCAUGGCGGAUUCCACCACCAAAAUGAAUCCCAGCACUUCCAUGAGUCCUCAGACUCUCAAGAUGCAUCUAGUACUGCCCCUUACCACAUGGGUGGGCCCCACGGUGGAUCUUAUCCCCCUACUGAGUCCCACCACCAUCACAGACAGUCCCAAGAUGGAUCUCAUCCCCCUACUGAGUCCCACCACCAUCAUAGACAGUCCCAAGAUAAACAUCACUAUCAUCGAGGGAAGAUCCCAUGAAUCCCAUCACCAAGCCCACCACGACGGCAGGCAUCAAUCUACUGAAUCCCAACCCCACCAAAAGUCACCUCAUUCUGAAGAGAGCCCCUCCCACCAGUCCUUUGAGGGGUCCUCCAAGCAGGGAAAACAUUACCACCAUGGCGGCCAUCAUACAGGCCCCCAAGCCACCCAUCGCCAUGGUGAGCGUCCCCACCAUAGAGAGCACCGUUACCACAAAGAACAACAUCUUGGCGAGCAUCGUCACCCCAAAGAGCAUUCCCACCUUCACUAUCAGAGCACCUCCCAAGCCUCUAUGUCACAGAAGUCCCACAGCACCUUUGGUGUCUCCUCUUCUCGUAUGGGAGCCAAAAGCUCAGUCUUCAGUGUGCCUCGCUCCCACUUGACAAGUCGUUCGGGCAUCUCUCGUGUUUCCAGCAGAAUCCAUCCCAAGGAGAGCUCCAGAGAAUCCGACUCCUGGAGUGAAGAUGACCACAUUCAGAGGCGCAAGAGGACCCAGCGGACCCACAAGAAGCUGCGUUCUGGGAAUAUCUUCCAAUUGAUUUGGGGGAAAAUAUGUCGCCUCAUUUGGGGUCUCCGACAAAUGAUGAUGUCACUGACUCAGUCCCUGGGCUUUGAGACCUUCAUCUUCAUCGUGGUCUGCCUCAACACAGUCGUCCUUGUGGCCCAGACCUUCACUGAGCUAGAGAUCAGAGGUGAAUGGUACUUCAUGGUCUUGGACUCCGUUUUCCUCUCGAUCUACGUAAUAGAAGCCGUGCUCAAGCUAAUUGCCCUGGGCCUGGAGUAUUUUUAUGACCCAUGGAACAAUCUGGACUUCUUCAUCAUGGUCAUGGCGGUGCUGGACUUUGUGCUUAUCCAGAUCAACUCCCUAUCCUACUCAUUCUACAACCACAGCCUGUUCCGGAUCCUCAAAGUCUUCAAGAGCAUGCGGGCUCUGAGGGCCAUCCGGGUCCUUCGGAGGCUCAGCAUCCUCACCAGUCUCCACGAGGUGACAGGGACUCUGAGCGGAUCUUUGCCGUCAAUCACAGCCAUCCUUACCCUCAUGUUCACCUGCCUCUUCCUCUUCUCUGUGGUGCUCCGGGCGUUGUUCCGGAAAUCGGACCCCAAGCGUUUCCAGAACAUCUUCACCACCCUGUUCACCCUCUUCACUAUGCUCACCUUGGAUGACUGGUCCCUCAUCUACAUAGACAGCAGGGCCCAGGGGGCCUGGUAUAUAAUCCCCAUCCUCAUGAUCUACAUCAUCAUUCAGUACUUCAUUUUCCUCAACCUGGUGAUUGCUGUCCUGGUAGAUAACUUCCAGAUGGCGCUUCUCAAAGGCCUCGAGAAAGUGAAGCUGGAGAAAGCUGCCCGGGUCCACGAGAAGUUGCUGGAUGACUCUCUGACAGAGCUCAACAAAACAGAUGCUGAGGCCCAGAUGAGUGACAGUGCCUUGCAGGCGCAGUUUAUUGAGAGGAUGUUCAGCACCAUGACAGAGAGGCAGCGGGAGCUCCACUUCCGGUACCUACAGUUGGUGGCAUCGGUGGAGCAGCACCAGCAGAAGUUUCGUUCCCAAGCAUCUGUCCUCGAUGAGAUUGUCGACACUGCAUUUGAGGCUGGAGAAGAGGAUUUCGGGAAAUGA